AUGCGAAAAACUCUUCCAGCAGGUCAUCCCAAUUUGGCUACUUCCUACGACAACAUCGGUGGAGUGUAUUACAACAUGGGUGACUACUCGAAAGCACUUGAAUUUUACGAAAAAGCACUUCAAAUCUUCGGAAAAGCUCUGUCUCCAAAUCAUUCAUUAUUGGCUACUUCCUACAACAACAUCGGUAUAGUGUAUAAAAACAUGGGUGACUACUCGAAAGCACUUGAGUUUUACGAAAAAGCACUUCAAAUCGACGGAAAAGCUCUACCUCCGAAUCAUCCUUCAUUGGCUACUUCCUACAACAAUAUCGGUAUGGUGUAUCAAAACAUGGGUAACUACUCGAAAGCACUUGACUUUUACGAAAAAGCACUUAAAAUAAGAGAAAAAGCUCUGCCCCCGACUCAUCCCGAUUUGGCUAGUUCCUACAACAACAUCGGUGGAGUGUAUGACAACAUGGGUAACUACUCGAAAUCACUUGAAUUUUACGAAAAGACAAUUAAAAUAAGAGAGGAAGCUCCGUCUUCGAAUCAUCCCGAUUUGGCUACUUCCUACAGCAACAUCGGUAGUGUGUAUUAUAACAUGGAUAACUACCCGAAAGCAUUUGAAUUUUACGAAAAAGCACUUAAAAUAAGAGAAGAAGCUCUGCCUCCGAAUCAUCCUGAUUUGGCUGAUUCCUAUAACAACAUCGGUAUGGUGUAUGAUAGCAUGGGUAACAACUCAAAGGCACUUUCUUUUCUGGAAAAGGCACUUACUAUAGCACAAAAAUCACUUCCACCUACACAUCCUCAUAUUCAGAUAAUGAUAGAUAACAUUAAUGAUUUAAAAAAGACGUGA